CCUCCAAAGGCUCCAAUCCAAAAAAUAAACACUUCGCAAGCCCGGUGGCCGCCGCCGCCGCCAUGGGGAAGCGCGGCAACGAGUCCGACUACGAGAGCCUCCGCGACGCCCGCAUCGCCGAGAACAAGGCUCGGUUUGAGAUGCUCGGGCUGCGCUGCGCCAAGGAGGAGCUCAACGCAAUGGUCGCCCCCGCGCGCCGCAGCUACACCUACAAGCAGUACGCCACGGGCCCGCCCCGCCGCUCCCCGCGGCUGAACGGGCAGGCCGUGAAGCACCAGGCGCUGCCUCUCGCAGGGGUUCUGGGCAAGGCGAUGGCUGUGGUGGUGGAGGAGAAAGAGGAAGAAGAGGGGGAGGAGAGCGAUCACGGUGCGCCGGCGGUCGUCGACGAGCAGAUGGACACUGACGGCAAGGGGAUGGGGGACGUGUACGACUCUGUUCCUAUGGAAACUGCCAUUUCUGCAGGUACUCACACCUUUGCUGAAUUGCUCCAACCAUAUAUAUACUUUAUUCAAGGAGGUCGUGCAGCGCGGAUGAUUGCGUGGAAUGAGACCUGAACUUGCCGCGCUCAGGCAUGGUGUGUGCUCGCCUACCACACUUCUGCUAUAUAUUCAGCUAAAUAUCCGUGUGUAGUUUAAGUCGAUUCCUGGAGCAUGGUCUUUUAAUUUUCUUGCCGGGUCUCUGUUGAACUCUUGCGGCUUGGAAUGUGAGUGGAUUACAAUGCAUUCACCACACGCGCGUCAUGCAUUUCAGCAUUGAAUGGGUAUGCUUGGAGAGGACUACGGAGUACUUCGAAUGGAUUCGGGAAUGGAUUCCUCAGGGAACUUUUCUCGUUUUGCUGUUUGAAAUGGAGGAAAAGUGAUUCCCGUUGCGUAGGAAAGGCCUUUGUUGCUUCACAAAACGUAGGGAAAAAAGACAUCCAAAUAAACCCAAAGGAAAAUUUCCUGCAGCGUUUCGUUU